CACAUGACCGACAUAAACAUAACCUAGGCCAAUUUUCUCUGUUUUUGUCAUGUUGGAGAUAAAAUCUUGAAUUUGUUAAUAGAACAUUAUUGUCACAGUCUUGCGGGCGUAAUAGUUUGGCUAAUCGGGGGUUAUCGUGUUUUCACAAUCAGAUCUGACUCAAUAAUUUAAAAUAAUAACUUCAGCGCUUAAUGCUGACAAGCAGAUGACAAAGUAUUUGGUAAAAUGCGUUGCAAACAAUGUGGCUCGUCAUUUCGCCUUUCGAUUUGGAUCAUGCAGUGUGGCGAAUGCAAGGAGCAAUAUUGCACCAAGUGCAUGAAACGGAUGAACGGGAUUUGUUAUUGCGAGAAAUGCACAAUUUUAAUCACGCGACCGCCGGACAUAAACAAACUGAUGAAACUCAAAUCCAAAGAUCUGCAGGAGUAUUUGAAUCGUCACAAUGUGACCACUUUCGGUCUAGUUGAAAAACGCGAAUUGGUAGAAGUAUUGUGUAACAGGGCCAUUCCAGUCAAGAGCACGAAAAGUUCCACAGUUUUAAACAAGAUCUUUAGUAAUUUUGAGUCAGUUUUGAGUUUGCCAGAUAGAUUAAAUAGUCAAGAAAGACACAGGAGCCCUCCUGAGCGUCCAGUAUUUGCAUCAAGUAGCUCGGGGAACCUCUUCACAGACCCGAGGUUUAGUCAGAGUCAGAAUUCUAACACUUUACCGAAGGAGCGGCGGGCGCCCCCGCCAAGGCCCCCUCAGCCCUCGGUGGUGCCCGAGCCGCCCCAGCCCACCACCUCCACGGCCGAAUCGAGCCCGAUUUUGCGCAAAAUCCCGAAACUGGCCGAUUACGCGACCGCUGAAGACUUGGGGAAUCUCUCAGCAAAGGAACUGAAGACUUUGCUGGCUUACAACAGGGUUGAUUACAAGGGGUGUGUCGAGAAAGGCGAGUUGCUGGAAAAGGCCGAGCGUUUGUGGCAAGACAAUCUGAAGCAAAAACAGGAAUUGCCGGAAAAUGUUGAAGAUCUGUGCAAGUUGUGCAUGGAUGCGCCACUCGAUUGUGUUCUUUUGGAGUGCGGACAUAUCGCCACUUGUAUCAACUGUGGAAAAAAACUGGCGGAAUGUCCGAUUUGUAGACAGUACGUCUCGAGAGUAGUGAGAACAUUCAAAGCUUAAGUUAAGGAAAAAUUGGUGAUGAAAUUGUGACAAAAUCCAGAUUAGUCGUUAGGUGGAUCAAAGUUUAUUACGUGUUAUGUCUAAUAUGUUUAAAGUCGUUUCGUGUUUCUACUGUCCGUUAAAUUCACAAAUAUAGUCUUUAUACGAA